AUGGCAACAUCAUAUACCACAGCACUCGAGCUGCUCCAACAGGCAUCUCAAGAAGCAAAACCUGCCAAUGAUGGAGGUCAGGUGGAAGUUGUCCCCCUGCUUGAAUCCACUGGUCGUAUCGCUGCGCGCAACAUCCGCAGCCGUCUUACAACACCAGAGUUCGAUACAUCAGCAAUGGACGGAUACGCUAUCAGUUCUGCUGCAACGCGGGACGCAACGCCAGAAUCUCCACUGAUAUUCCACGUAAAAGGAGCCAUAGCUGCUGGAGACGAGCCCAAAUCGUGGACAACCCGCUCGGUCGACGACGGUGGAAUAGCUGGGGCGUGCAUCGAGAUAAUGACUGGAGCUAGGUUUCCGGAACCGGGCCCCGGAGAGGAGGAACUAGACGCUUGCAUCAAGAUGGAGGAUACUAUGUACAUCUCCUCGCCAUCACCUUACGACAGACAAGGGCAUGUAUCUUUAAAGCCUGCAAAGUUCAUCGUCGUGGUUAGGCCUGUGCCAAGAUGCGCGAACCGACGCUUUGCAGGGGAGGACAUAUGCGAGGGUGACACCGUUAUUCGAGCUGGUCAGAUGAUAUGUGCGUCGCACUUGAUGCCAUUGGCAUCUGUAGGAGUACAGUCGGUUGCUGUGCAACCCAUGCCGAUAGUUCGAGUGUUUUCCACAGGCAAAGAGCUGCUGAGGGAACAGAACGAAGUUGCGAACGGAGCAAACCAGCCACACGGCCGAGACAAGCUGCAUACGGCAGACCCACGAGAAAGCAGUAUCAGAGAUGUCAAUGGUGUCUUCCUUACAGCUGCUUUCCGCGAAGUUGGUGCCGAGUCACAGUUCUUGGGACAGUUGGCGGACGAGACUAAAGAUAUUGCGGACGCAGUUUCUCAUAUUCUCAGCUCAAAUCCAACCCCCAAUGUAAUUGUCACGAGCGGCGGUGUAUCGGUUGGAAAGUUCGACCAUGCCGAGAAACGGCGUUCUUCGGCUUUCCUGGAAACCCGGGAGCAGCGGCAGCCUGCUUUAGAUUUCUCGCGCGCACAAGCACACAAUGCCGAAAAAACCAGAAUAAUGAUUGCUUCCAGCCUGGACGUGUGGGUACUGGAGAAGGAGGGCGGAUAG